CUCCCGAGACCGCCUCGACAGUCUCUUUGCCAAGCCCCCAUUCCGCUGCGCGACCUUCAGGAAGAGCUGCCAACAGCGAAGCGAUCAUACAAGUGCCCCAAGCCUGGAGCAACUGGGACCACAACCCAUUCGGUCCUGGUUUUGGGGGCAUAUUUCCUACACCACGUUCCCAUGGAUGGCCCGAAGGUCAACCAGGCUCAUUCCCGGAUUACAGAGCUCUCCGGGCGCCUAACGAGGCUCUCACUGGGGCCGGUUCUUAUAGCGCCGCUACGAUUGCCUUUGGCAGUCAUGAUCAAAGGUCUUACGGUGCAACCCCAGAUACCUACUGCCAUGAGAUAUUAUGGCAUGGCUGUGCCAUAUCACAGUCAACUGUCGACUACAACAACCCCAACUUCCAGCAUAGGCUUCCGAUCGCUGAUAACCAGCUCAGUGGCUCUUGGGAGGUCUGCCCUCAAUCUCAGAUGGUGCCCAACCCUCCAAAUCCUUCAAUGUACGCCCUGAAUUGCAGUUUGUCACCCGGCCCAGGGAGCUAUCAAGAGUUUGGGGAUCCCAUCGGCGAUGAGAGUGCCUUGAAUGUCACCGUGACUGAAUCGGAUCUCAUUUGCUUCGGCAUGUUCGUAGGCAUUCCAGGGACCUGCAAACGCCCUGCUCUGGCUGAAACAUCAACCCAUCCUAUCAAGCUCGAAACUCCAGGGUCCUUCAUUGGGACACAGGAUCCUAACCUCAAGGGAGACGUGAGCCCUGAUUCCACUUUUCUCACAACAGCCCUCCUGGAGGAAUCAGCCCUCGAGCUUCAAAUUAAUUGUACAGUGUUGAUAAAUCCACCCAAGUUGAUGCGCAACAGCAAGCUUCUCCGCGUAUCAGGCCUCACAUCACAGUGCUCUCUGGAUAUUAUUCUCUAUGGGCCAAUCGAGCUUUCAAAACACAUUUGCACCUUUAUAGAAGAAUGCAACGAAUAUCUUGAAGACCACUGCAAGUUAUACCUUCAGGACCCGCUUGGCUGCGAUCGAAAUGUGCGAUACUACAACCCGCACAGACUACCCCCGUUGGAUCCGAAAUGCAUCCAGUUCACGUUUGAUCUGGCACACAAACAACAGAGCCUCAUAGAACUUGAAGACAUCGGACCGCGGCCGGAGUUACUGGAAAUCCUGAACUCCCAGGAGGACUUACCGGAAGCACUGCAGCCGCCUGCAAUAGCGACGCCGCUGGAGAGACAUCAAAAACAGGCCUUGACCUUUAUGUUGCGAAGAGAACAGGGCUGGGCAUUUGAUGGGGCCAGACCAGACAUAUGGGAAGCGGUAGAAAGCGGACAAGAGCAUUGCUUUAUAAACCGAAUAUCAGGCGCCCGCCAGAUGGAUGAGCCACCAACGUUCUAUGGAGGAAUCAUUGCGGAUCCGAUGGGCCUUGGGAAAACGCUCACCAUGAUCUCUCUCCUCGCCUCGGAUGCGCACCAUUCGACGUUCAGUGAUGCGUCUGGGAAUUCCGGGGUCCUUGGAGAGGAGUCUUGUGGACUGACAUUAAUUAUUGUCCCACCACCUUUGCUGGGCACCUGGGAGGAAGAACUCUCGACCCAUGUUGUCCCAUCCAAGCUACCGUGGCGCUUGCACCAUGGCAAAUCUCGCCUCACAGACCCCUCAGAGCUCCAGAACACAGCGAUUGUGCUUACCACUUAUCACACAGUGUCUAUAGAGUGGCGAAACUGGAGCGACCUCGAGUCUUCCUUGCUGUUCACAACCAGAUGGAAACGAGUGGUGUUAGAUGAAGCACACUUCAUCCGCAAUAGCGAAUCGCAAAUGGCGCGAGCCGUGUGCGCUCUCGACUCCGUCUCACGCUGGGCUGUCACCGGCACUCCCAUUCAGAAUCACCUCAACGACCUGGCAGCACUUCUCAAGUUCCUCAACGUCUACCCCUACAACGACAAACGUGUAUUCGAUGUGGAUAUCUCGCAUCUGUGGAAAACGGACAACGCCGACGAGGCCGUAAAGAGACUGAAGCGUUUGGCGGGCUGCCUUCUCCUCCGCCGGCCGAAAGGGACCAUCGAACUACCAGCGAGGCACGACCGGGCCUGCUAUGUCGAGUUCCAACCUCGAGAACGAGAGUUCUAUGACCAGGUCAAGUCACAGGCGAUUGCGCGGUUCGAUGAGGCGCUUAUCCAAGGCAACCCGGAACCAAGAACGUUGUCUUUUGUGAGCGUCUUGCAGCAAAUCGAGGCUAUGAGAAUGGUCUGCAAUCUUGGACUUCUCUACCCUAGUAGACACACUUCGUCUAGUAUGACAGGAAAGAUGUCCGAAGUAGACGACUGGCAGAAUACUGCACAGCGUGCGUUCAGCCUCCGUUUCGAGAUGGGCAGUCUCCAGUGUCACUAUUGCCCCUAUACUGUCGACGCGGGCUACAAUCCUCUCAGCGAUACAGAGUCCACAAAGCCUCUCUUUACCCAAUGCAUGAGGCUCAUCUGCUCGAGCUGCAUGCAAGGGCUGUCACACAAGACCCAGGCGCUGGGAUGUGGGCAUAACCCGCCGUGUCCUAUGGCUACUGUAUCAAUAAGCACGGCGAGUUUGGAGGAGUCGCCCCUUCAGAUCUCACUCAGCAACGUUGUGGGAUCUGCAUACCUUCCUACAAAGGUGAAGGCUCUAAUCGAGGACCUACAGACAUUGCCUGGAGAUGUCAAGUGUGUCGUGUUCUCAACUUGGAGGAUGACGCUCGACGUGGUUGAGUCAGGGCUCAAGCAAGCAGGCAUUCCCGGACUCCGAUUCGACGGCAAGGUCCCGCAAAAGGACAGACAAGGAGUUGUUGAGCGGUUCCGCAAUGAUCCCGCCAUUCGUGUAUUGCUAUUGACUCUCUCAUGCGGAGCAGUUGGGUUAACGCUGACUGUUGCGUCACGGGCAUACCUGAUGGAACCGCACUGGAACCCGACUCUUGAAGAGCAGGCACUCGCGAGAAUCCACAGAAUCGGACAAAAGCGAGAAGUGACAACACUGCGAUUCUACGUGAGGGACUCAUUCGAAGAGAAUGUCGUCAAGAAUCAGCAGUUCAAGAAGGACCUUGCGGGCAUUCUGCUUGCGCCAAGCGGGGCUGCUAUCGACAACAUGCAACAUUUGGAGCGACUUCGGGCACUCAUUUAGUUGUCUCCUUUACUGGCCUUUGAGUCAGGGCAUAUUGCUGCUCCGCCGCCGAGGCUUGGCCGUAGCUCGCAAAUGCUAGCGUGGAGAGCUUCAAGGUCGCCGGCAUGUUCUGCGGUACCAAAACCGGGCUCAAUUUCUACGGUUAAAGGGAUAUCAUACAGUAAGGUGAGAGGGGUGGCACAUCACGAAAGGGCUCAGCCAGAAUCGUCAGUUGCGGACAUCCGGGAGGAUAAUAGCUACCAACUUUCUGCCGAUCAACUUCGUGCAUGUUACAGAGUCUAUGCCUCCAGUUCUCAUCGACAGCGAUUGUUAUUUCGAGACUGGAUAAAAUUACUCACUAAGCGGCGAAAUGUUUCAUCUUGCGCCGGACCGUGUCUUGUACACCAACUGCAUACGGUGGCACCGUAGGCAAGGUGCGCAAAAGUGCAACAAUAAAAAUCGCAAAGCGCAUAUUGCGAAUUGC